GAUACUUAGAAUUUCACUUUAUUCACCUCAAGAACAAUGGCUGAAACUUGGUAAAGUCAUAGGAGCAAAAGAUACUCAAAGGUGGAAUCACUUUUAGGGGUUUGGGGGUGCAAUAGGAUUUCCAUGAAUCUGACAUGCUUCCUCUUAAGGUAUGUCUUAACAAAUGGCGGCACAGUGUGUGACAAAGGUGGAGUUGACAGUUUCCUGCACCAGUCUCUUGGAUAAAGAUGUUGCUUCCAAGUCGGACCCACUCUGUGUGCUUCUUCAGAACACCAGUGGUCAGCAGUGGUAUGAGGUUGAUCGCACAGAGAGAGUUAAGAAUUCCCUGAACCCAAAGUUUGCCAAGAAAUUCCUAAUUGAUUACUAUUUUGAGCUUGUUCAGAAACUUAAAUUUGGAAUAUAUGACAUCGAUAACAAAACCUUUGAUCUGAAUGAUGAUGACUUCUUAGGGGAAUUUGAAUGUACACUGGGACAAAUAGUUUCUAGCAGGACUCUAACAAAACCAUUAGUACUCAAAAAUGGCAGACCUGCUGGAACAGGAAGUAUUACGAUUACAGCAGAAGAAGUGAAGGACAACAGGGUGGUUGUAUUGGAAGUAGAAGCAAGGAAACUGGACAACAAGGAUUUUUUUGGAAAGUCAGAUCCUUAUCUGGAAUUCCACAAGCAGACGGGAGAUGGAAACUGGGUGAUGGUUCACAGAACAGAGGUUAUUAAGAACAACCUGAAUCCAGUUUGGAGACCCUUUAAAAUCUCUCUCAACUCUCUGUGUUACAGUGACAUGGAUAAGUCGAUCAAGGUAGAGUGCUAUGACUAUGAUAGUGAUGGGUCUCAUGAUCUCAUAGGAAGCUUUCAAACUACGAUGUCAAAACUGAAAGAAGCAUCCCGGUCCUCACCUGUUGAAUUUGAGUGCAUCAAUGAAAAGAAACGACAGAAGAAAAAAAACUAUAAAAACUCUGGUAUUGUGAGCGUUAAGCACUGUGAGAUCAUAGUUGAGUGCACAUUCCUGGAUUACAUCAUGGGUGGAUGUCAACUGAAUUUCACAGUAGGGAUAGAUUUUACAGGCUCCAAUGGAGACCCUCGCUCUCCAGACUCUCUGCAUUACCUCAGCCCUAAUGGAGUUAAUGAAUACCUAACAGCCAUCUGGUCUGUAGGACUGGUCAUUCAGGAUUAUGAUACAGAUAAGAUGUUUCCAGCCUUUGGAUUUGGUGCACAAAUUCCUCCUUCGUUUCAGGUAUCACAUGAGUUCCCGUUAAAUUUUAACCCAUCAAACCCAUUCUGUAACGGAGUCCAAGGCAUCGUUGAUGCAUAUCGGGCUUGUCUUCCUCAAGUGAGGUUAUAUGGACCAACAAAUUUUUCUCCAAUUAUAAAUCAUGUGGCAAGAUUUGCUGCUGCAGCUACACAACAGCAAACAGCAUCUCAAUACUUUAUACUCCUGAUCAUAACGGAUGGUGUGAUAACAGACCUUGAUCAGACUCGAACUGCCAUAGUUAAUGCUUCAAAAUUGCCCAUGUCCAUUAUCAUUGUUGGUGUUGGAGGAGCAGAUUUUGAUGCUAUGGAGUUUCUUGAUGGUGACGAUGGAGUUCUUAGGUCCUCAUCCGGAGAACCAGCUGUCAGAGACAUUGUCCAGUUUGUGCCAUUCAGGAAAUUCCAAAAUUCUCCAAAAGAAGCGCUGGCACAGUGUGUCCUGGCGGAAGUCCCUCAGCAAGUGGUGAACUACUUCAGUACCUACAAACUGCAACCUCCCAAGAAUCCUGCUGCAAAAUAAAUGGGCUGACCAGGAUUGAUGGGAUUUCGUACUGGCUUUACUUGCUGAAUCUGCAGUCUUUGGUUCUCCAGAUACUUCUGUAUACAUGUAUACACACGCACCUCUGUGUGGUAAUGUCUGUUAGCUUAUGCCUGCAAAUCACGUUCCCAGGUGUGCCUUUUAAGGGCCAAACUUAUAAUUGCGUUAAUAUUUGAUGUUGAUUUGAGAGAUGGGGCUUACAUGGGUGCAUUUUAUUUUGAAAAGUAAGAGUGGAAAAGAAGAGGUUAAAUAUGCAGAGGGAAAGGGGAGGUGGAGCAGCUGCCUGAUUCAUGAAUAUUGCCUUGCUGAUAAACAUUUUUAUGGGGAUCAGCGGGAGAGCUUCAGUUUCUCUGUGAUCAUAAGAGCAGUCAGAAACGAAGAAGGGGGUAUAUUCCCACCAAGCAGGUAACAGUUUGUAUGUGCUUCAACAAAUCUGAAAUAUUUCAGGCUUCUGUGUCUAUUAAAUCAUAUAACAAAACUUGCAAGUUACAUAACAAAAUAAGUGCCACAGGGCAUAAAGGCCCUCCUUGCAUGCCUGCUUUACGCUUGCCACUUUAGUGCCUUUGGCCAAUGCCUGGGAUUCAAGGCUGUGUGAACUUGAGCUAAAGAAGUCAUUAAAGUGUACGCUGUUUUCUAGUGUGCAUUCUCUUAAGGUAGCACAAGAAGAACAAGGGUGAAUCAAGGUAAGCCUCAAACAUCUGAGAAGGAUGCUACUGGCCUUUGAGGACACUCAAAAGUUGUAAGAUAUAUUUCAGUGUGUACUGUGUUAGAAAAUGGGAACUCCAGAUUUUGUUUUGGUUGGGGUUUUGGUUUGGUGUCCCUUCUCCCCAAGCCAGUUAGGGCUGUUGACCUUUCAAAGGGCUUUUUGUGAAGUGAGAAUUCACUUUCUAGUUGAUAAGUUUUGUCUGAUUUUUGACUGCAUAUUUUCA